GCAUUUUGUGUGCACCUUUCCCAGCUGUGAACUGCGUAAGAAUGACCAGCAAACUUCAGAUUGCGGCGUAAGAGUGUGCGUGUGUGCAGGAAGUGUGAACUGGGUCAAAGGCCUUUCCACCGACCCCUGAUCCCAUUCAUUUGGAGACUCGGGGUGCACCUUUGAGACUAAGGCACCCCCUCUUCUGCCCCUCUCAGCUGCGUUUCCAGGAAAAACAGACCCGUUGCCAAGUCGGGAGGCUUCGUUCCCCAAAUCUCUUGCGUUUGCACCAAGAGAGAAGGCCGUUCACGAGCCUCUUCCAGGAUGUCUGCAAAACGGGGAUCGACUCCCAGCCUGCAGUUCCAAGGCCCGUUGGAGCAGGGAGCUCGCCGGGGAGCGAAAAUGGAAGAGGAGGAACCCGAAACGCUGGACCCAGAGGAAGGGUGGAGGGGCAAAGCGGAGGCCUCUCGCCGCCCUCGAGAAAAAAAUGAGAGGCUGACCAAGGCGAGAUCAGUCCAGCAGAAAGAACAUCACAAUGCCACUCGUUCCCCUCGUUCGGGGUGGAGGAACCUACUGCGCCCCAUGGAGUUAGAAGACCGGCAGGGGUUCUCGCCCUCUGCCGAGGGGCCGGCAGUUACCCCCCAGGCGCCCAGGGGGGGGCGGGCCAGCCGGCACCCUCCGGUCCUCAGCGAAGAAAGCCCUGAGGCCCAAAACAUCUUGGACUCGGGGGAGAUUGGAGAAUCGGGGAUGGUCAAAGUGAAGGAGGAGGUCCUGGGAGAUGACUCGGCCAGUAUGGAAAUGAAGCGCCAGCGUUUCCGGCAAUUCCGCUACCAGGAGGCCGAGGGUCCCCGUGAGGUGUGCAGCCAGCUCUGGUACCUCUGCCACCGGUGGCUGAAGCCCGAGAGACACACCAAGGAGCAGAUCCUGGAGCUGCUGAUCCUGGAGCAGUUCCUGGCCAUCCUGCCCCCUGAGAUCCAGAGCUGGGUCCGGGAACAUGAACCCGAGACCUGUUCUCAGGCAGCAUCCUUAGCUGAGGAUUUUCUGCAGAUGCAGUGCGAAGCUGAGAGGAAAGAACAGCAAGUGCUCGGCCUGUUUGAGAUGGACAAUGAGGAUUCUCCGGAGGCUGAGGCAGAGCAGCCUCCGUCAGUCGCUGUGCCGGAGCCCCUCUUCAGAGAAGCUAAGCGGGAGGCCGACGAAGAGGAACGCGGCAAUUUAGCUGGAGCUCUCAGGCCGGUGGAGCCCCGGAGAGGGGCCCCGCUCCCCCUCUAUCCGGAGGAGGGCAGCUCUGACGAUGAGGGCCUGCUGGACCUCGUCUACGCCGCCAACCUCGAGAUCCACAGCCGGCGGCCCCCCCGACGGACCCGCCUCAUCCGGAUGCGCACCCACGAGCUCCAGGUGUCCGACGAGGAGUGUCUGACCCGCUUCCGACUGGACCGCCAGGCCAUCCAGGACCUGUGCACUCUCCUGGCCCCGUAUCUGGACGGGGCCUCCGCGAGUCGCCGGCACAUCCCGACAUUACAAAAAGUCCUGAUCGCCCUGCAGGUCCUCGGCACGGGCUCCUUCCAGCGGAUGACGGGAGACAACCUGCGGGUGUCCCAGUCCUCCGUCAGCCGCUGCUUGGAUGCGUUCCUGGAAGCCAUGCUGCGGCACGUGCACGAGCACAUCACCUUUCCUACCACUGACUCGGAACUCCGCCGGACCAGGGAGGCUUUCUUCGACAUCGCGGGGUUCCCCAACGUCCUUGGGAUUGUGGACUGCACCCACGUGCCUAUCAUAGCCCCGGCAGACAUGCCGGCGCUGUACCGAAAUUGCCACAACUUUCACAGCCUCAACGUGCAGGCCACCUGCGACGCGUCGGGUUGCUUUACCCACGUCUUGGCCAAGUUCCCCGGGAGUGUCCACGACGCGCGGAUCUUCCAGCUCUCCCAGCUGCAGAGGCUACUGGAGUCGUGGCCUGAAGGAAAGGGGUGGCUUUUGGGCGACUCUGGGUAUCCCUUGCGCCCCUUCCUCAUGACCCCGCACCCCGAUGACGCCCCUGAGGCGGUGGCGCGCUACAACGCUACCCACAAGACGACACGGAUGGUGGUGGAGACGGCCUUUGGCCAGCUCAAGAUGAGGUUCCGCUGCCUUCACUCCACGGGGGGACGCUUGAUGCUCCGCCCAGAGAAGGUGGCCAAGGUCUUUGUGGUGUGCGCCAUGCUUCAUAACAUGGCCUUGAGACGCCAGCUGCCUAUCAUCAAUGGAGGACAAGGGGUAGACACAGAGGUCCCGGUGCCUCCGUACUUGGAGACCGAUAGCAUGGUAGAACAAGACCCUCAAGGGGUGGAAGUCCGAGAUCAGAUCAUUAGCACUUAUUUCUCACAAUAAACGCAGCUUUCAGUA